UUUAGCUGUUAGUCGAUUUAUUUUUAAACUAAAGGUGAGAAAAAGACUUGUAUGGUGAAUUCAAGUCAUGCGAUAAAUGAAAUAACGUGUAUUUCUUUCCGGUGCAAUCGGAGGGACUUGCAUUACUCGUUUUGUUCUAAUAUUUACGCGCAUUCGAGAUAAGGCCACCAUAUGAACGCAAAUAAAAUUAAGUGGUAAUUUUGAUAAAUAACUGUUUUUUCGCGAGUGCAUUUCAAUUUACCGAUAAAGAAAUUCUUCUUGGAGAUUAAAAAUGUCGCAAUAAUUCAAACGUCGAAAGAAUAUGAGAAUAAUAAUAACAAAAAUCUGUGAAACGCACUGCGAGAUUUGACACUCAUCGCAGGAAGAAAAUCAGAUGAUAUACAGAUCGAGGAGAAAUUAACAAAACACGGUUAUGAAGAAACCGCCUGGGCUGGACCUGCAAAAGUAACGAAAAAGUAACGAAAAAGUUGAAAAUGUGAAACGAUUAUUCCUGAUAUUACGAGAAGUAUCUGAAAAUAUUUUGAAAUAUUAAAUAGACAGAAAUCAAUCGAGUGAAAUGUAAGAUUGGAUUUUAAUUGUUCUUUUAGUGAUUGUUAGAAGCUUGAAAAUUCAUCGAGGCCUUACAGUCACUUCUAAUGCUGCAAUUUACAUAAAAACAUUGCAAAAUUUACCGUUCGAAGUUGUCAAAAAUUUUUAUUGAUUGCACAUGAUUCAUAAAAAGAAAACUCACCUACAUUGAAUAUCUGGAAACUAUCGGUUCUGAUGCAAUAUAUUCGAAAAAAAUAUCGUUUCAAAGCCAAAAUAAUUUCGCUUGUUGUUCAUUUGAAUUAUAUCCACAUUUGAAAGCAGGGAUGGAACAUUGAUACUUUGAUCAUUAUUAUGUUUUUGCAUGUAGGUAAAUGAAGGUAUUCUGCAUCUGCAUGUUUAUUAAUAGAUAAUAAUUCCAAACCAAGUUCUUGCAACUCGCAUGAGAAGAACUGAAGACCAAGAUCUCACUAGCUAUAAACGCCGCAAGGAAGUUGAGAAUUUAAGAUUUAAAAUAUUAAUUAAAACUAAAACUUCCAAAUGAUGGACCGAGGCGGACUCCAUGUUUCCCCGUCACUCCAAGCCGCCCACGCGCACAUGACAGCCCUAACAGCCCCAUCGUUGCCCCAGCGAAGUCCAUUUGCAAUACAAGAACUUUUGGGCUUGAACAGUCAAGGAGAUUCUGGUGCCCCGUCGAUCAGUCAAGGCGGAUCUCUCGGCGCUGCGCCCCCCUUGAUCUACUCCCGACACGCGCUAGCGGCGCAGCAUGCCGCCACCGCGCCGUUCUUCCCCGACUCCCGACAUAUGUGGAUGAACCAUGCCUUCCUCCCCGCCAUGGGGGGAAUAUCUCCCGUCGGGGGAACAGUGUCGGGGGUCACUUCCAUGUUGGGCUUGCGACAUGAUCAUCCACCGCAACCUCAUAGUCCUGGACUGGCGGAGGCCACUACACGCUGUGAGCCCUCGUGGUGGUCGUGCUCGCAUCUCAACGGCCUGGAUUCCUCGGACUCGAUGAGUAAAAAUUUCGACGGCAACCCAACGGGCGUCGGCAAAAAGAAGAAAAAGAAGCGCCGUCACAGUCGGACGAUUUUCACGUCGUUCCAGUUGGAAGAACUGGAGAAAGCUUUCAAGGAGUCGCACUAUCCUGACGUCUACGCGCGGGAGAUGAUCAGCCUGAAGACCGACCUGCCCGAAGACCGGAUACAAGUUUGGUUCCAGAACCGUCGCGCGAAGUGGCGCAAGACAGAGAAGACCUGGGGCAAGAGCACCAUCAUGGCAGAGUACGGCCUCUACGGCGCUAUGGUGCGACACUCUCUGCCUCUACCUGACGCUAUCAUCAAGAGCGUCGAGUCCGGAAACGAGUGUCCGGCGCCCUGGCUUCUAGGGAUGCACCGGAAGAGCAUGGAAGCUGCUAGCCACUUGCAGGACACCGACAACGACGGUGAGAAUGAAGACAACAACAGCAAUCAACAAGAAGAAAUAAAUAAAGAAGAAAAACAGAAAAAACUUGAUAAUUUAACAGAUAAAGACGCACAGCUACAGCAAAAACAACGUAGCAGCGUCGAGCCUAUGAAUGAAGAUAACAAGAACAGCAAUAUUGAAGAUGAUGAUAACUCGAGGGGAUCCAGCAACAACAACAAUAACAACCAAGAGCAAAAUGAUAACCGAGAUGAACAGCGAAAUAACAGCGAAGCUCAAGAUCAAGCGAAAACAAUAAAAGAGGAAGCAGCGAGAGGAACUGAUAAUUUUUCUCACAAUACAGCCCCUUUUAUGCCUAAGAAGGAAUCUGUCCCUGGUAGCAGUUACGGAGGAGGCAUGGGCCAUCGCUCAGCCCGCCACAGCCCCGCAUCGAUGUCAUCGCCGUCGCCGAACAGCUCGAUUUCUUCCCCCAACUCGAUAAGCAACUGUAACAACAUCAUUGCAACACUGGCGAACUCCAUGCCUUUGCAACACCCUAAUAACACCUUGAGUAUAAUAAGCACCGCCGCGUCGAUCAUGGCGAACGCAAGUUCUAUGUUAGGCGCCGCCGAAAACUCGUCACUCAUGUCAUCGCUGCCAAAUUCUUCGGGAGCUUCGGUAGUGCAGUCUCUUUUGGGACCGGGGAUGGGGAACGCUUUAGUUGGGAGCGGGGCAAACUCUUCGGGUUCUUCGGUAGUACAGUCCCUUUUGGGGCCAGGAAUGGGGACCGGUCCCUCCUUGCUACACGGAGCUCUUGGGUCAGCGUCGAGUCUGGGACUGCAAGACGUGCAAGUUGACGAUUUGAGGAGCUCGAGCAUCGCGACUCUGCGGCAGAAGGCCCAGGAGCACGCUGCCAGACUCGGCCUAUGUCACAUCAAUUCGAAUUUAGCCGCUCUGCAUCAAUCCGCCGAAGCGAUGCAUCAUCAUCACCAUCAUCAUCAUCACUUAGCACACUUCUAACGCAGCUGUAUUUUUUGUAAAUUGUUGUUAUUGUAUAUAACAUUAUUAUUUCAUGUUUACUUCCCAUUUCAAGGUAUUUAUCUCACCCCUUUUUAAUAGUACAAUAUUGAUUUUCACAAGAAGUUGUGCACAGUUUUGGUAGUCUUUUUAAAUUUUUUAUUUUCCACAUUAGAUUCUUUACUUCACGAUUUUAUUUCAAUUCUCGUGAGAUUAAGAAAUCUCAUAAAAUAAUCUCAUAAGAUUUCGGCCGCUCGGCGGCGGAAAUUUAUGCUUACAUUAUAUAUAUGAUCGCUUAAACUUGAUGAGAUCACCAUCGACAAAUAUUUAUGCAAUUAUGAUUUAUUCGAAUUGUAUAAAAUGUGUUCUCAAAGUUCAAUAAUUCCUCAAUAUUGGGAGCUCGGGAUUCCCUGUUAAAAUUUUAUAUCGCUUGCGCUCAUUUGUUAAAUUUUUAUCACUAGAAGCUUUUUGAACCUAAUUUUUCCCUAAUUGGCCUCAACAAAAGUUUUAUUUAAUUUACACGUAUUUAUUACCUUCAAUUUCAUCUAACUCAACUUUCAAAAUGCGCAACGUAAAUUUAAAUUGAACUUUUUAUGCAUUCAAUUAAUAUGAUACAAGUUAUAUGAUUAUUAUAUCUAAGCAACCACUCGUAGUAUCUUGCCUGUUCAUCAACAAUUUUUCGUGUCAACGAGUCUUUAUGUGUUCAUCACGAACACGAUUUAUGCUCACUAUUUAUGCCAAUAAAUGGCAUUCAAUGCAUUUCUUUACAACGAAAUGUUAUAGACCUGACAUGACCGGGCAAUUUCUUCAUUAUUUUGUAACAUGACUAUGCAUCGUCUCCUCAUGCAAACGUUUGUAUUGACGGACAAUUAUUUAUUCCUGUAACUGUUCUCGCAAUGCAUUUUUAAUUAGUGAAAUGAAGAUAAAAAGUGGAUGUUGACUGCAGGAAAGCUUAUUUUCAUCACUUUUCUUUUACACUCAGUUUCAUGAACUGUUGGCAAGCAAAUUGAAUUUUCUAGUUCUGUUUACUAUAGUUAUGCUUCGACCCUAGAUUGCAGUGAUAAAUUGGUUCAAAACAUUCAUAGGCAACGGAUUGAAUGGUUCCGGACGUAAUUUUUUAAUGAAAUGUUCGUCAUCCAAAUCAUGUAUAUAAGUCAAAAUCUGUUAGAAAAUUACUCCUGCAGGUACGCACGAUGUCAAUUGAUACAAAUAUAAUUAAAAUUUAGGUUUCAUUGAAGACCAGAGAGUAUUUAUUAUUGACAAUUUUCUUAUUGUUUUUCUUUAUUCGGCGAAUUAAGCCUUUGAUGGGACUUGUAAACUAAAAUAUAAGGUUUACAAGGGGACAGUUUAUUUUGAUUUACUGACUUUCGAAUGCAGCUAUAUUCAUUAUCAAGUAGGGGGGAGAGUUUUGCAACACUUGCCUAUGAAAUUUUGAAAUUACGUUAAUACAAACAUAGGGUUUAAUGGAUACCCUCUGUUUGUACUAACGUCAUUUCAAAUUCAAUUGUUACAAAAAUCUUCCCUACUUGAUAA